GUCAGCCAAUGUCAUAGCAACGAAGUUAAUACAAUAUAAAAGUUCUUUCGAUGGCUAAUUAAAAUUGUUAAAACUGUGUGAAAUUACCCAAUUUCAUUACAGUUUUUUACAUAAAAUAUUAAUUAGUCAAUUACCAAUAAAAUACCAUUGUAUGAUAUUUACUGGAUUAAAAAUCAAGUUCCUUUCGUUUGAAGGCCAGUGUUCAUAAGAGCUAAGGUGAAUGAUCCAAGCUGACUAAUAAAUAAUAUUAGAAAUGUGAAUUAUAAACGUGGAACCGGUACAAAAUGAUAGUUUUUAAUGUGUGGUCAGUUCUACAGUGGUAUUUGAGACCUUUUAUCAAAUGGUUUUUGAGAAAGACUACAAGGUUAUGUGAACUGCAAAGAAUCUGUUACGGUGAGAAGCCCGGAGCAGCACGGGCUUGUGGAAUUGAAAAAUCGUUGAUGCUAUCUCGAACUAGGGAUGUGAAGGAAGUAGUCGCGAACUUGGAUGCAUCAGUAUCAGAGAAAAGGUUCAUACCACGAAACUUUCGUGAUAUACUAGACCCAUCAAUAUCUAUCAUUAUACGAACUAAACAAGUAAAUGCUAAAUUACAUGGGCCUUUUAUUAUAUCACUCAGAAGAUGUCUGGAACAAAUUUGGUCUUAUAGAAAUUUGAUUAAUGAAGUUGAAGAAAUUCGUUGCAUAAAAUUUGAUAGCAAUAAUCUUGAACAUGAAGAAAAGCUCUUGAAAUUAUGGAGUCUUUUAGUCCCAAAUGAACCUCUAGAAAGCAGGGUUAGUAAACAGUGGCAAGAUAUUGGGUUUCAAGGUGAUGAUCCAAAGACUGAUUUCCGUGGUAUGGGUUUACUUGGACUCGAAAACUUGUUGUUUUUUGCAACAGAAUAUCCUCAAGCAUCAAGCCAUGUUCUUAGUCAUUCUCACCAUCCUAAAUAUGGCUAUACUUUUGCAAUAGUUGGCAUUAAUCUCACUUCAAUGGCAUACUACCUACUAAAGGAUGGAUCAGCUAAAACCUACAUGUUUAAUGCAAAGCAACAUCUGCCUAAUUUGAAUUUAUUUCACAGAUUUUAUUGUUACCUUUUUUAUGAAUUUGACAAAAUGUGGAUUGAAUCUAAACCACAAAAUAUAAUGGAAUUCUCCAUUAUUUUCAAAAAGUUUGAAAAUGCUGUGAGAACUGAGCUCACAGAUCCAGCAUCAGUAUUCAGAAUAAAUAUAGAAAUAGAUACAAUAUAAAAUUAUAUUACUAAUUAUUUUUCUCACUUGAAUUUACCAUGUGGAACAAAUGUUGAAUACUUUUUAAUAUUCCUGAGUUUUGUCUAUGAGGUAACUCAGUAAAAUGUAAAUUCCAUAAAUAGACUGGUAUUCUAUAAAAUUUGACUAUAGCAAGGCUCGUAGAAACCAAAAGGAUAUUAUUAUUAUUAUGAUGUAUAAAAAAUAUGCACCAUUUUCAUUCAGAUUUUUGUUAAUAACCAUGAGUUUGUAGGUACAAACUAUAUAGGUAUAUACACUGUUUUUGAUCUUCACUGUGUGAUUUUGUCUUGAAUAUAUUUAAAGUACCCGUUUUUGUAGUACAAUUUUUUGUUGGUGUGGUGUGAAUGAUGCAUUUUGAGAAUGUAUGGAUAUUUAUUAAUUUAAAACUUAGAAUUGUUUGCACACAGAAUCAGUAGUUAUGAUUCUGUCAGUCAGAUAAUCACAUGUAAUUUCAUGGCUGUUUGAUUAAUUAUAUACACAAUAAAAUCCUUAUGAUUA